AUGAAGUUAUUACUACUAUUGUCGGCCCUCUGGGUCUCUCCGAUUUUUUCUCAAAGUGACUGGUGGCAAACAGGACAAUUCUACCAGAUUUAUCCUCGAUCAUUUAAAGAUUCAAAUGGUGAUGGUAUUGGGGACCUCAAUGGAAUCCGAGAGAAACUUCCCCACUUGAAGGAUAUAGGCAUGACGGCAGCAUGGCUCUCUCCAAUAUAUAAGUCACCAAUGAAGGAUUUCGGAUAUGACAUUUCUGACUUUAAAGCCAUUCAACCAGAAUACGGAACUAUGGCUGACUUUGAGGCGCUUCUGAAAAGGGCAAAGGAGCUUGGAAUUAAGUUGAUAAUGGAUUUAGUUCCCAACCAUACAAGUGAUCUGCAUGAAUGGUUCCAAAAAUCUGUGAAUCGAGUUAAAGGAUACGAGGAUUUCUAUAUAUGGCAUGAUGGUUAUCCGGAUCCUAAGAACUCAUCCAACCGACUUCCUCCAAAUAAUUGGUCAUUGGAUUCAGAUAUUCGUAUUAUUAUUGGAGGUUUUAGAGAUUACAAGUCUGAUGAGCUUUCUGAGCUAAUCCCAAUUGCUGUAGCUUAUUUUAGAUCAUAG